CUUUUUUUGCCUGAUUGGUAGGAGUCAGUAGCAUUCUGCCGCUACUCAUUUUCCCCCAGUGAAACUAACAAGGUGAAAUUGCCUAAAAAAAGUUCUGGAAUGUUUUUGUGUCGUGGAAUUGCGCACCUUACCAGGCGGCGUCAGCGGACCAACCCGUGAGAGGCGGUUACAAACCCAACGUGAAAUGCAGGUUCGCCACAAGAAACAAACAAUUGCGUGAAAGGCUGGAGAUCUGGAAUAAACUGCAAAACAGCGAACUGGAAUUGUGCAGGAAGUCAAGGAUUUAUUGCUUCAAGGUGUUUUUUUUUUAGGUAGUUCCUGAAUAUAGCCGCGGUCAAGUUAGCAAACAGAGAGGCGUACUGAUAAGAAUACAGCAGGAGAAACUUAACGAGCAUUGGCAUAUCGUGUAUGUUUCCCUUUGCUUUGUAGUUGACAGGUGAUUGGGCUCAGACUGAUAAAUACUGCAGACACGACACAUCUCUUGGCUGGGUUUUGUCAUCGGGGAGAACAUUGUCCUGACCGAUUUCGCUUGCUCAUUGACGGCGAGAGAGGCAGGGCUCCAGGAUGAUCCGAGCGCAUUCUGAUGCUCCUCUUGGCAGAAAUAUCUCCUGCUGCUGAAAUUAGAACAAUUCCACUGGCUCACAAACUUGACCGCUCUUAUUUAUUUUUUAGUGUUGAUUUUGGCAGUCAACAACACCGCAUUGUAGCACCAACUGUCUAGACAAGCCGGUAACACUACAGAAUAAUGUGCGACAUCAACCAAAACUAAACUGAGCUGAUUGCAUUGUUAUGAAUCUGCCUGCUAAUUGAAAACAUCAGUGCAUUUAAAUAGAAAUUAUAUAUAUGCAUAUGCAUAUAUAUGCAUUUUAAAUAUAAAUAUACCUAUGAGUAUAUGCAUUUUUCAACACUGAAGUGAAGGGCGACCUUCGCCCGGGCAGCGGCUGACACUGACAGCAUAUUUGUGCGUGUUUUGGUUACUGAAGGAAUGGAACUUCUGAUCCUUCCAGUGGUGUUUCAUUACAGAAGCAGCAUACAGCGCGAUAAUCUGUGUUUAAUACUAGUGUGCGGAACUGUAGUUUUGUUUUAAAAGAAGGGGUAUCAUCUACAUUUUCCUGGAGGAUUAUAAUAAUGUCGAAAACGCUCAAAAAGAAAAAACAUUGGUCUAACAAGGUGCAGGAGUGCGCGUUGUCCUGGGGAAAUGGUGGAGAACUCAGUUCUGUGGUGGAAAUUCACGGGGGAGCAGAGCGGGGCGAGUUUCCCUACCUGGGGCAGAUCAAAGAGGAUGCGGUCGUGUGCCACUCCGGUAAGCCACCGACCCCCGGGGAUGUUCUGUUAGAGGUGAACGGAACGCCGGUCAGCGGACUCACUAACCGGGACACGCUUGCUGUGAUACGACACUUUCGGGAACCCAUCCGGCUGAAGACCGUGAGACCAGGUAAAGUCCUGAACAGUGACCUGCGGCAUUACCUCAGCCUGCAGUUUCAGAAAGGCUCCCUGGACCACAAGCUUCAGCAGGUGAUUCGGGACAAUCUCUACCUGAGGACCAUCCCUUGCACUACAAGGCAGCCCAGGGACAGGGAGGUCCCGGGAGUGGACUACAACUUCAUCAGUGUUGGGGAAUUCAGGACCCUGGAGGAUAGUGGGGCUCUGCUGGAGAGUGGAACAUAUGAUGGUAAUUACUAUGGCACCCCGAAGCCUCCUGCUGAACCCAGUCCCAUACAGCCGGACCUAGUGGACCAGGUUCUGUUCGAUGAGGAGUUUGGUAGUGAGGUCCAGCGGAAACGAACCACCUCCGUCAGCAAGAUGGAGCGGAAUGAUAGUGCAGCGCCGGAGGAGGAAGAGGACGAGGACAAACCCUCGGUCAACGGGGUCACCGAGGACAAGGAUUCAUCUGAAUGGAGGAAGACAGUCCCAAGUUAUACUCAGUCCAACAGCUCCAUGGAUUUCAGGGUCUGGAACUCCUUGCCAAGAGAUGAGAGUCAGGAGCCUCUGCCCAAGAACUGGGAGAUGGCCCACACUGAGUCAGGAAUGAUCUACUUCAUCGACCACAACACAAAAACAACCACCUGGCUUGACCCUCGCCUGGCUAAGAAAGCCAAGCCCCCAGAGAAGUGUGAUGAUGGAGAGCUUCCUUAUGGCUGGGAGAAGAUAGAGGACCCCCAGUACGGAACCUACUACGUUGAUCACAUCAACCAGAAGACCCAGUUUGAAAACCCGGUGCUCGAAGCAAAGAAGAAACUGACCCAGGAAGGCCUGGAUAAACCCCAGCAGGCAGCAGUGCCACCUACAGAUGCAGAAAGAUCCCUGUUCACCCGGGACCCCUCCCAGCUGCAGGGCACGAUGGUCCGCACAGCCCUGAGGAAGAGUAACCUGGGCUUUGGCUUCACCAUCAUCGGGGGGGACCGGUCCGAUGAGUUCCUGCAGAUCAAGAAUGUGCUCAAAGACGGGCCAGCCGCGCAGGACACCAAGAUAGUAUCCGGUGAUGUUAUUGUUGAUAUAAAUGGCACCUGUGUCCUUGGUAAGACACAUGCAGACGUGGUCCAGAUGUUCCAGUCCAUCGCUGUGAACCAGUACGUGGACAUGGUUCUGUGUCGGGGGUACCCUCUGCCUGAAGAUACUGGCAGCGAGCCGAGCAGCGACAUCGUCACUGCCACCCCCUUGAUCAACGGGCAGCCCUUGCUUACCAAGGGGGAACCCAUGCACGGCUCUCAGGAGCUGCAGUUCAUCCCCAGCGAUCAGAACGGGAGGCCAGUCAUCAAAGCCCUUCCCAACGGACGCUUCAACGGGCCUCUGGCUGAGCACCCUGAGAACAGGUCUUCCGUGGCCUCCACUGGGCUCCUGCAGCCAGAGCUGGUGCCUGUGUCGCUGGUCAAGGGCCCCAAUGGGUUUGGCUUUGCCAUCGCAGACAGUCCUCUAGGGCAGAAAGUCAAGAUGAUCCUGGACUGCCAGUGGUGCAAAGGCCUGCUGAAGGGAGACGUCCUCAAGGAGAUCAGUGGACAGAACGUCCAGACGCUGACCCACGGGCAAGUAGUAGACAUCCUGAAGGAGUUUCCUGUGGGAAGUGAAGUGUCAGUUCUGGUCCUUAGAGGAGGUCAAACGUCACCUGUGAAGUCUCUCAAACCUAAAGAGAUGACAGCGAGCACCGAGGCGUUGAACCCCAGUGACCCCAUCCUUCAGGCCCUUCCCUUUCCUCCAAACAUCCUCCACCCCACGUCUCUCAGACUGGACCCCUCCGAGGUCUACAUCAAAUCCAAGGCAAUGGUCGAGAACAAGCCUCCGAACACCAGGGAUCUGGAUGUGUUCAUAAAGCGGAAGCAGGAUUCCGGAUUCGGGUUCCGGGUUCUGGGAGGGGAGGGACCAGAACAGCCAGUAUACAUUGGAGCCAUCAUACCCCUGGGGGCUGCAGAGAUGGAUGGCCGCCUGCGAGCUGGAGAUGAGCUGCUGUGUAUCGACGGGGUGCAGGUCAAGGGGAAAUCCCACAAGCAGGUCCUGGAGCUCAUGACUAACGCAGCUCGCACUGGCCACGUGCUGCUUACAGUGCGUAGACAAGUGUUCUACACAGAUAAAACAUCUGAUGAAGAAAGGAUUGUGACCCCUGAUCCACUGCUAAACGGCUCCCCUAAAGUGCCCCGUAUCGAGGUGCCAAGCAAACUGCAGGGGGAACCCUAUGAAGUGAUGCUGCAGAAAAAAGAGAGUGAGGGGUUUGGAUUUGUGAUACUCACUUCCAAAAAUAAACCACCCCCUGGAGUUAUCCCGCACAAGAUUGGCCGUGUUAUCGAGGGGAGCCCCACUGACCGCUGUGGAAAGCUGAAGGUUGGCGACCGGAUCUCUGCUGUGAACGGCCAGGCCAUCAUUGACUUGUCACACAACGACAUUGUGCAGCUAAUUAAAGAGGCAGGAAAUGCAGUUACACUGGCAGUGGUUCCAGAGGAUGAACACAGCGGGCCUCCCUCAGGCUCCAGCUCAGCCAGGCAGAGCCCGGCACCUCAGCACAGAGCUAUGGGACAGACGCCGACCAUCCAAAGAAUGCUGGAGGACAGGUCCCAUUUAGUGACUGAAGAUAAGAAGGACGACUCCGAUGAAAGACAGUCCUGGUCAGACUGCAAGUACAUUCCCCAGACUGACUAUGGAACAGCAUGGGGUACAGAGACCAGACAUUCCCAGAACACUGGCUCUUUCCUGGUGGAGCUGGAGAGAGCGUCCUGGGGCUUUGGCUUCAGUCUCCGCGGAGGAAAGGAGUACAACAUGGGCCUGUUCAUACUGCGCCUGGCAGAGGAAGGCCCGGCGCUCAUAGACGGAAGAAUACAUGUGGGUGACCAGAUUGUUGAGAUCAAUGGCGAGCCCACUCAAGGCAUCACUCACACCAGGGCCAUUGAGCUGAUCCAAGCUGGGGGAAAUAAGGUCCAGCUUCUCCUGAGGCCAGGCCAAGGGCUUGUACCAGACUACAUCCACAUGGAUCCUAUGAAUGUUUCACCUGCAAGCUUUCCAAAAGAGGUCACAACUUCUGAAGAACCACAACCUUUUUCUCCAUCCUUCAGUUCCACCUCUUCUCCUGAGUCCACCCCAACAGCGAGACAAGAGGAUGCCUCAGUGAGAGACUUUGCCAUCGCUCCAGCAGGACAGUUGGAUAAACCUGUUAGUGGGGAGACUAGUCCAACAAGCACAAAUAAGAAGGGACAAGACAUUACCAACAACAAGCUGGCCAUCAAAACAAAUGAGAAACGAGAGCGGUCAGCCAGUCCAAGAAAUCCUGACGCAAGGAACCAGCUGCAAGUUAAAAAGAAAGAGUCCAAUGUAGCCCGAUCAGGACGGUCCGCCAGUCCUAGGAAAGCCAACCGGGAAAGAUCUGACAUGAACAAAGAGAGAUCACCCAGCCCGAGGAAGACUGAGAAGAACACAGCUCGACUCAAGGACAGAUCUGUGAGUCCAAAGAAGGGAGGAAGAAAAGACUACUCGGAAGCAACCAAAGAAAGGAAAAGUCACGCUAAGGAGCAGCCAAAAGCAGCCCGAACUAGAUCAUCCAGCCCUAGGAAAGCACACAAGAAGGAACAUGCAGAAGAAAACAGGGAGAUGCUUAAUUCUGGUGAUGACCGACAAAGAAUAACCAGCUCAGGAAAGGCAGACAAACAUGGCCAUUCCAAAGAAAGCAGGGAUAGGUGGGAACACCCUACUAGGAGACAAGAUGAACCGAAGAACAAAACAGCCAGCAACAUUGAGGAAAAGCCUCCUGCGGGAAAGAGUAAGAACCAUGAAGAAAAAGUGGCCUCACUGAGCAAGGCCCAGGAGCGAAGAAGAGAGGCCUCGGAGGAACUGGAGAAAGACGGAAAGCCACAGAAAAACAGGUCACCAGACAGGAGGCGCAAAGAACGACCUGUAAGAGAAAUAGAGCAGAAAGAAACCCAGGAACCGACCACGCUGAGCCAGAAGCAGCUUGGAGAAAGAGACGGGGAGGCGAAGAGGCAAGAUGGGGAACACAAAAAAGACACGGGUCACGCUGGUGGUUCAGAGAACAAUGCUACCUCCGGGGGCAGGAAGGCUCCCAUCACACCAGGGCCUUGGAAGGUUCCCAGCUCAGUAAAAGCGGGGGCCGAGAAGCAAGAGAAACAUACUUAGGUGAAGAAUCAGGCUUUGAAAGGGCAAUAAAGGCAGCUUGCAUCCGAUAUCGAUAAGGUUUUCCUGCUCUGAGAUGCUGAAGAGGAAAAUGACUGGUUCUUGGACACUCUCACAACACUGUUAAAAUGAAGGAGGGAGUAUUUUAAGACCUGUAUUACUUUAAAAUGUAUUUUUCAUCCCCAAUGUGAAAAUUCAGUAUUGCCAUUUUUCUGUUAAUGUUAACUAAUCAAAUACAAUCAACUUAGUGUCUGUGAAUGUCUGUCUAGCCAACCCAAACAAUACUCCUGUCCUUAAGUAUGUGCCAAAAGGGGAUUCCGAAAUGAAGAAAACAGUUCUGUAUGCAUGUGCAUCUUAACAUCCUGUAUAACAAAGAACUGCUAGCUGCACUGGUUAAUAUAUACAAUAUAAUGAAUGGGUAGUAUGUAGUCCAUGCAUGGAGGAAAGAGAUUCAUUUGCAAAAUCGCACAAGAAAUGCUGGCAGGAUUUACUUUUGUGAAUGAUGUUUAUGCUUUUUCAUGCAUGCAUGUAAUUAGUUUGAAUGAUGUUCUGUUGAUAAAAGUUUUGCUUUUCACUACUUGUUUGUCUAGAAUUGUAACAGUGUGAAUUACAGUACAUGUAUAUGUAGCAGUGCAAAUCCUCAGCAAUAGCCAGGCUGUGGUUUCAGGUGUUCAGUGCUCAUUCAGUGACAGGAUGGCAGGUUGUUCUCUUUUAAUUGACCAGAUUCAUUGUUAAAUAUGUUUUUUUGUGGUGAUGCUCUUAUCUAACUUCUUGAGCCAUUAGUUUGGUUUAGGGCUCAACUUUCACAGAGAAUACAGUACAGCCACAGCCUGCUGCUUCACUUAUAUGUUGUUUGUUGUUACAAAGUGUCUAUUAUCUUUUGACAGUAAUCUGUAGGCGACUAAGAAUACUUGUGCUUAAUUCCUGCUUCAUGAAACAUUUUUGGAAAACUUACUGCCUGUAUAAAACACCCCAGCAAUUAAAACUUAAAUGAAUCUUUUUCAACACAAUCUCGCCAGAUAGAGCAGAAAACAAUCACCCUGCAUAUUGUGCAAUAUAUUAAAAUCCAAAAAGAUUUUCUUCCUAAAUUCAGAAACCAAAUGCUGGUUCAAAAUAUCUUGCUCUUUUCGCUAACUUUUUUAAUUUACAAGUGACUGUAAUGAAACCAAAGCUACGAAUGAACUGUGAUGGGAUUUAGAAGUAGAGUAUAAGCAUUGCAAACACUUUUACACUGUGCUGGAAGCUAUAUUGUAUGUCUUCUAUGCUAUAUAUUGUAUAGCUUUCCUCCCCGAGCGAUAACUCGCUCAUAUCCAUGCUUGUACAUAAUCAAGUGGCCUUGCAAAGCUCAACAAAGAAGCCUUUUGGUCUCUACAUGAUGUGGUUGUUGUAAAUGUUUAUAUAUUGUACAGCACCUUUAGAAAUACUUCGCUCCAUUAUUAUAAAUCAAUCGCUCUGUUAUUUUUGUAUGAAUAAAAAUAAAAUAUAGCAUAUAAAAUAGAAAGUUAA